AUGGUGAUUAAAGUUUAUGGUUUGGCUAUGUCAACAUGUACACAACGUGUAUUAACCACACUUACUGAAAAAGGUCUUAAAUAUGAAGUAGUAAAUAUAGAUUUUGCUGCAGGCGAACACAAAUCACCAAAAUAUUUAGAAGAAAAACAACCAUUUGGUGUUAUUCCAGUUCUUGUUGAUGAAGAUGGAUUUAAAAUCUAUGAAUCACGUGCCAUUUGCCGUUAUUUAGAAAUAAAAUACAAGGGAAAAGGUACUGAAUUAAUUCCAAGCAAAGAUGCCGCUUCACAAGGCCUCUUCGAACAAGCUGCAUCCAUAGAAACAUCUUAUUUUGAUCCAUAUGCUAGUCCAAUUGUCUUUGAAAAAGUCUUUAAAAAAAUGAAAGGUAUGGGUGAAGCUGAUGAAGCUAAAGUUGCACAAUAUAAAGAAAAUUUAAACGCUAAGUUAGAUGUAUAUGAAAAAAUUUUAUCAAAACAACCAUAUUUAGCUGGCCAAGUAAAGAGAGAAAUUUCUUUU